UCCCUCCUCCACCUCCUCCUUCUCGCCGAGCCUCCCUCCCGUCCUGACUCUCGAGGAAAUAUAGUGGCGCGGGCGAAAUAAACAGAGAGAGGUUCGUUGUUAUUACGAGGGUAAAAAUAUCUCGCUCGAAGGUAUACGUAUGCGUCUGCGUAUAUUAUAUACACACGCACACACACGGACAGGAUCGCGCGGCGUUUAGUUGUCAGCUUAGCGCGAAGGCCAGGCUUUUCGCCGUUGGGAGUCGCAUGCGAUACGAGCGAGCGAGUUCGCCUCCCUUUGAAAAACGCAUGUGAUAAGUAGACGUAAAAAAGGGUCACGUGUGUACAGGGUUAAAACGUAAGUGAAUGGGAGUAAUAAUCGGUAGGAAGGGUGAAAGACAAGAAGAAAAAAAAAAAAAAGGAAACUGUGUCAACGUUGAUCUCCUUCGGUCGUAUAUAAUCCAUGCGCUACGUUUGUAACUGCAUGAGCGCGCGCGCGCGUGUGUGUGUGAGUGUGUGUGGGUGUGUGAUGCGAAGCGAUCGAGGGACCAAGUGAGCUCUGGCAAGAAAAUUUAAGGGGGUGGAAAACCGGCGCGGGGGCGGCCGGCCUUAUCGUAUAGGAGGGAAUCGGGACGGAUCGCGGAGGUUCCUCUUCCUCCUUCGAUUCAUCCUAUCCGGGUUGCGUUGUGUACACCUCCGGCAGCGCGGCCGUCGGCGUCGCGUCGCGUCGCAUCGCGUCGCGUCGGUGGUGGUGGACCGGUGCGAAGGCGCUCCCAAGCCACUCGCCAAUCAAUACGUGGGAACUCUCGACCCGACUCGACCCGACUCGCCGGCGAGCACCGCGCCUGCCACCAGCGGGCUGGAGCGGGAACGCGAAGCCAACAUCAUCAUCACACACACCGUCUCUUAUACCGCCACACAGCACACCCCUGAAAACGAAAGAGCCGAAAAACUAUUUUUACUCAACUCGCACAUACCAUCAAGCACGAAAACCGAGCCACAACCGUUCGGAUUAUACCAGUAGAAGGAGAUACCCGAACGACCGGAGAAACACACGUACCUACCUAUCCGUCGUAAUGCUGGAGUGUGCGUCGGGUGUGUUGCACCGGAGUGUUAUAACCGUCGUCGACGGCGACCGGUACUUUUGUUGAAAAUUAACGAAAUAAGGAGAGGAGAAGAAAAAAAAAACAAACAAAAAACAAGAAACAAACAAAUAAUCGAAGAAAUUAAUAAAAAAAAAGAAAAAAAAUAAAGCCAACCAAUCAAACGAGGGGAACAAGCUUUCGCCGAAUACACCCGCAACCACAGCAGCAGCAGCAGCAGUGACAACUGCAGCAGCGGUUCGAAACUGGGAUAUAUAUCGAAUACACCUGUAUACACGUUUUUUUUUCCUCCUUCCCCGCCCCCCUCCGCCCCCACCCCCUCUCCCCCGCUCUCUCUCUCUCUCCCUCCGGCCCCUCUUUCUUUCCGAGAACCCUCGAUAAAGCCCACAUUACUGUGUGAACGCGAGUGCGGGUGACCGAGUGGCAACGCGUUGUCUUGUACCGGUCAUAGAUCAGCGGUGCUGUUCGGUUGGAGGAAAACGCGGAGAAGCUGGUGCGGCACGGAGGAGGAACGGGCGGCUUCGACGACGACGACGACGAGGAGGAGCAGUAGUUAUCUGGCGAGAAGCGCCGAGGCGGAGGAGGAGGAGGACGAGGGCAAGGAGGACCCCGGGCGAGGUGCGCCGUACCCGAGGACGUCAUCAAUGGAUCGCGAGAAGACGACGCGAGGCCUCGGCAGCACGCGGACGAUCCCGGAGCUGAGCUAGGGCCAUCUCCUUCCCUCCCUCCCCCCCUCUCUCCCGACCUCCCGAUCCACCCGUCAUCCCUUCCUCCCGCCCUCCCGCCCCCCAGCGCCGCUUAAAAGCCCUCCUAGCGUCAUCCCGCCAAACCGAAACCUCCCCAUCGGGGAAUACGGGAGGAAUGCUGCUGCUCCGUACGACGCGGAGGAGUUGCCGGCCCUGCAGAGGGUGAAAGUAGCGGUGAAAAUACUGACUGGGGGGGGUUAAACGAAGGAAAUAAUACGGGAGGAACGAGAAAGAAAAGAAAAACUGAACAAGAGGAAGAAAAAGAAAAAGAAGAAGAAGAAGAAGAAGAAGAAGAAGAAGAAGCGGAAGGAGAAGAAGAAGAAGUUCCAUUCGGGGUGCCUCGUGUGUGCGGGAUUAUUCUGCGGGGGGUGCAGUGAGAGAGUUCGUGCGGUGUGCACAUUUGGAUUAUAUUUGGUGCUGCAGUGAACGGCUUCGGUGGUCAUCGGAAAGAUCGGAAAGUGUGUUGAAUAGGAGUGACGUGUGGUACGGUGUAAUACGUAGCGGGACGUUAGUCGGGUAUAACGCUGACGGGGUGCGGGAAGCAUGCGGGGUUCGGGCGAGGCCCGGCGAGGUGGCCCCGGAGGACCAGGCUAAGGAUCGCUACGAGUCACCCGCACCCGCCGCACCCGCACCCGCACGGACACCUCAUCGCCAACGAGGAACGUUGCUCGACACCGAGCAACUGGUUACGCGGAAGGCGAGCUGGACUCGCUUUCAAUCGCAUGGAACAUGAUAGAGAUGUCGAGCGGAAUCGGUGCAACUGCGAUGGGGAUCGGUGUUAGUCAUGGAACGGAAGGGGGUGGCUGUCGCUUAAGAGCGCAGAGCCAAUCCCAGGGCCAGUCGCAGAGUUCAGGAACAAUGGUUCAGCACGGCAAUCCGCAACAAUCGACACAGCAACAGCAGCAGCAACAGCAACAGUUACAGCAGCAGCAACAACAGCAACAACAGCAGCAGCAGCAGCAGCAACAGCAACAACAACAGCAACAGCAGCAGCAGCAGCGCGCUGGUACGCGUGACGCAUUUGUUGGACGAUCUAAAAAGGACAACUGUUGCCUGUGCUGGUGCUGCUGUUGCAGUUGCUCGUGGAACAAGUGUUUGGCUGCUGUCGGCGGUGGAGGCCCAGGGGGUGGUGCCGGCAACUCCGGGGACCAGGGAAAGAAGAAAGGCGGAGGCGGUGGGGACUUGGGGUCCGGGGGUGGCACCGGGGGUGACCUCACGGGUGAUGGCCUCGACGGCCUUGACGGAAACGGUGACGUCGCCUGCAGCAGCUUCGAGGAGAUCAGGGAGUGGGGCUCCUCGUUCGACAGGCUGAUGCACAGCGCCGCGGGGCGCAAGCUCUUCCGCGAGUUCCUCGUCAGCGAGUACAGCGAAGAGAACAUUGCCUUUUGGCUUGCCUGUGAACAGCUCAAGCUCGAACGAAACCCGGAGCGCAUCGAGGAGAAGGCUCGAUACAUCUACGAGGACUACAUAUCCAUUCUUUCGCCGAAGGAAGUGAGCCUGGAUUCGCGAGUGCGAGAAAUCGUGAACAGGAACAUGGUGGCACCAACGCCAAACACAUUUGACGAGGCGCAGCUCCAGAUCUACACACUGAUGCACCGAGACUCGUAUCCACGUUUCGUCAACAGCGACAUCUACAGAAGGGUGGCACGCCUGGGAAGCGGACCGCCGAGUCCAUCGAGCGGCGAGCAAGGAUUGCCGAGGAGCAAAUCAAGGUCGACGAAAGAGAAGGACAAAGACAAGGACAAGGACCGGUCCUUGGCGAUGGCAACGUAAUCCAGACCAUCCCCUCUAAACGCUGCAGAAGACUCGAUCUCCGCAGAACUACUUCGAUACUCGGUAACGAUAUAAUAAUAUCUUACGGAGUGAGAUGGCCAUGCAAAGGUACCUGCAGGAUAACAGCGGCAUGACCUGGCCUCACGCCGCCGUCAGACAUUCCCUGUUGAUUCUUGGUCAACCCUCCAGGAUGCCCACUUAAGAUUGCAGUCUCGUUGCCCAGGGUCGAGGGCUGGUUGCACCAUUCCAGGGACGGGACCAUACGGAAGGACCUCGAAGCCCGCUGGACGAAAAAUAUGAGUUUCGGAAACUUGACGAGGAUGCCGCGACGUGAAAUGACAUUAAUAAAAUAGGCGGGGGGGUGGGUGCAGGCGGGCUGCUGCUAUAACCGCUACUGCUGCUGCUACCGUAAAUUAUAUACAUAGAUAUAUACAUAUACUUGACUGCAUCAACGGGUAUACAUAAUAGGUAUAUAUAUAUAUCGUAUAUAUAUAUAUAUAUAUAUAUUAUUGGGUAUAAUAACCAUCGAAGAAAUGCGCAACAAUCAAUAAUCAAUCAAUGAUGAUAUAUGCUAUAAUAAUAACAUUAAUGAUAAUAAUAAUAAUAAUAAUAAUAAAAACAACAACAACAACAGUAAUAAUAACAAUGAUGAUGAUAUCUAAUAAUAAUAACAAUAGUAAAUAAUAUUAGUAGUAAUAAUAUAUAUCUUAUACGCAUAAACGAACGGAGAAACGAGAAGCACGUACAUAUAUUAUACAUUAUAUAAUACAUGUAUGUCUAAAAACGAACAAGGAUAUAAUAUAAUAUACAUGUAAAAUAACAAAAACAAAAACAAAAGAGAAAACCAAAAAGAAACACGAGUAAACGAAGAUUUAAGCUCUUUACACGCACAACCAAAGUUCAUCACGUACUAUACUACAUACCGUAUACAUAUAUAUAUAUACAUAUAUAUAUAUAUAUAUAUUUAUACAUACGUGUUUGUAUAUAUACUAUGUUAAAUUAUAAUAAUGCAUAAACCGUCGAGAAUAAGGAGAAGAAAAAAAGAAGAAAAAACCAUUUAUACACGCCGCUUCAAGUAGCAUGAUGUAUACCUAAAUGUGCGGGUACGUCUGUUGUACUGUAAUGCACCUGUACAUUUCGCUAGCCGUUGAUUGAUUGCACAUAUUUUUAUGUUUUUCCUAUACUGCUGUAGUCGGUCGGUGUGUGUACCUGUAAAUGAGGUGGGGUCGUUAAUUAAUGUAGGCAUAUAGUUACUCUGACCGUCUCCGAGACAACUGGGACAGACACUACAGCAACGACAAGAACAACAUCAAAAACACAAAAACAAAAUAUUAAAAGAAACGAAAAGCAAAAUAUGAAAAAAUUAAAAUGGCACAGAAACAAAACGUCACUAUAUUACCUAUCCGAUUACUGUAUAGUAUAUCUGUUUAUGUAUAACUUUUUUGAUGUAGGUACAUGAAUACGUUAGACAUAUACGUAUAUAUAUACAUACGUACAUACCUAUAUACAUACGCAUACAUGGAACAUCUUAUACCAAACUCGUUACCUGUCAUUUUUUAUUAUACUCUAUAAUAAUUAUAUUAUAUACUAUUAUAAUAUAUUGUUGUAAUUAUAACCAUUGUAUUUAUAAUAAUAAUUACGUGAACAAUACGAUUGAAAGUGAGAAUGAGUGAGAGUGAGAUGUGAAAAAGGAACGGAAGAAUUGAGCAGGUGAAAAAAGAAAGAAAGAGAGUGUGACACGGUGGUUGAUCUCUAUCGCAAAUCCAGAUAUAUAUAUAUGCACACUUAUACUAUACGUAAAAUAAUUUCUUACUUCAGGAAAGCAAUUGGAAUGAAUGCCCAUGUGUAAACGCAGCCAUAAAUAUACAAUCGCCUAUGUAUAACUCGAACGGAUCUUGAAAAUGAGAAAUCAGUUACGAAAGAUGGAAUAUUAAUAUCUGACCCGAAAGAAAAUUAUUUACGGGCGGAUACCCGCACAAAUUUUCUCUUUUUAACCUGAAACAAUAUGCCAAAGAAAUAUACAGUACCUUGUACACUUAUAUUCUAUAAAUGUAAAAUCGAGUAAGACGUAUUUUAUACUUAUGGAUAUAUAUGUGUCUGUGUGUGUGUGUGUGUGUGUGUGUAUAUAUAUACACGAGUCAUACAGUAGAUGAUACGUCGAGCUUCGAAAUGUACAGAUUGUACUUUAUACCGCUUAAGAUGUAAGCUACUGUUAUGCAGGCCCUUGUACCUAUACUUACUUCUAAUGAUAACAAGUUAUAGAAUUCGUAUAAGUAUAUAAUAUACAUACAUGCAUAUACAUAUAUAUAUAUAUAUAUAUAUACACACACACAUGACACCUUUUAAUCUGCGGACAGGGAGGAGAACACGCGUGGUCUAUUAUCGAGGGCCUAAAGACGAAACGUGGGAAGAAAUUGAAAAUUUCUUCGUUCAUUUGUAUUUUAAAUUGAGUAAAUUAAACGCGUAUUUAUAUCCCCUCCCACCUUACCUGACCUGUACGUUUACCUAUUGACCUACCUACUCACCUACUUGUCUGCCUACCCGCCUAGUCUACCGUUUGACUCUUUCUAAUGUUGUUACACAUACGUUACAUAUACAUAUAUACGUAUAUGCAUAUGUGUAUAUGUAUACGUAUAUUAUAUUAUAUACUCAUGCGUAUAGUUAUCGCGCCCUAUACAUACAUACCGUUGAAAUAUGAUGCAUUCAGCAAGAGGAAUGGAAGAGAAAUCGAUGCGUAUACAUAUAUUAGUUGUACAAAUGAAAAGAAAGAACCAAAAAAAGAAAAUCAACAUAUUUUUUUUACGAUAUUAUUUAUCUAACUACAUGGUAAUUUCGUAUUCUUUGUUUGUUUAUUUAUUGAUUUAUUUAUUUAUUUAUUCAUUUAUACGAUACGUUGAUAGUGGUGAUAUGUUUGUUAUACACUGGAAGAAAAAUAUUUAACCAAAGAGAGAAAAAUAAUUAUAUAGUUAUUGUACUUAUUAUUUUUAAUUAUCGUUAUAAUUAUAUUUACUCAAUAAUAUAUGUGAAAUUCGGUAACAGGUGAUAUCCUCAACCGUAUAAAAAAAAAAAAAAAGUCUACAGCUAUAUCGGAUACUAAACACUUGUAAUAAAUUAUUCUACUGAAUGUGCAUUAACAUAUAAUUAAUCGUUACGUAUAUAAGUCUUAUUUACAAUUUAUCCCAAGUUAAUCAAUUUAUAAAUUCUGCGUUUUAUAUAUAUAUAUCAAUAUAUAUAUAUAUCAAUGUAUAUAUAUAUAUUCUUAUACAUACAGUUGAUCGAAAAAAUUUCACAUUUAGUAGAAUAAUCUGAACACGUAUCUAUGUACCAUUAUUUUGGAAUCCAAUUGUACCCACGAUGACACACUUCAACAAUCUGACGAAAAUCCGUACAAUUUGAGCCUGAAACGUGAGGUAUACAAUAUGCAGUAACUUUUUUCACCGAUUCGUUUAGGAAACAGAGGUAUUACGUCCGGUAAUUAUUGCAUCUCGAACGUGGAGUGUGUGAACAUACAUAGAGAGAGAGGGAGAGAGAGAGAGAGAGAGAGAGCACAGAGCUGUAUCGUAGGGGAUAAUUAUACCGUUAUUGAUAUGCUAACAAAUCGACGAGUUGUGUAGGGACACUUGCAGGUGUCCUUCAGGAUCGACUCGGUGCAGUCAGGAAGCGUUCUGCGAGUACCUACCUCUGUAAAGGUAUAUAAUAAUAAUAAUCAUAAUAAUAGUAAUAACAAUACCGACACUCAAUGCACAACUUGUCUACAAGCGAGUCUAAGGAAUUAUAGUAAAAUAAAAAUAAAAAAAAAAAAAAUUAAAUAAAAUAAUUACAGCGACAAUUUUUAUUGUUAUAAAAUAUUGCAGAAUAAUAAUCAAAGAAAUUAAAUAUCGUAUCAUAACUGCUCGGUCAGACUCUGUGGCACUCACCUAGUAUUCAAAUAUCGAACGCGCGAAAAUUCGAACGACCCGAAUGUCGACAGAUUCAAAUUUAACUCCGGCUCGGUUCCGGGCGAGGAAAAUACAAUAGAAACGCAACUCUGAUGUAAUCUGUCGUUAGGUAUACAUUUUAUAUGCAUUAUGAUACUUUCAUCAUGAUGUGUAAUCACGAAAUCAAUAUUACAUCCUCGACCAGCUACUGUUGAAAAUUUUCUUUGAUUGUAUUUUUACAAGGCAAAUCGGCGUCUUGCAGAAUUUUAUACAAAUUUCAAAGUUUGUGAUAUAAGUAUAUGUAUUAUAUGUAUUAAGUAUUUAUACAGAGCCUGUGCACCGGUUUUUAAGGCGACAUGUUUGAAUUUUUUUUUCUGAUUUCAUUGUAAAGUAAUGCUGCUUGUUACAUAAAAAAAGGCGGCUGAACAGGAACGCGUGUAAUUCGCGAUCAAGUAUAAUCGGUCUUCUUUUGUCGCAUCGAACAAAGAAAUAGAAUCAACACCUUCUGCAAUUCGGAUUUCCGGUCAUAACCCAUGAAAACCGUGAACAAAACUGACUUCCACAUAGUUUAUUUAAAAGUUUUCUCUAUUCCUUGUAAACAAUAAACGAUCCACUUCCAAUUAGUUUAGAAAAAAACCUGUUGAAUUUUUAAUCUCCACUCGUUCGGCAUCGGCUUAACAGUAAUACAACGUUUCUAAUGCUCCUAAUUUCUUCCAGAACUUUCCAAGUGCAACACGAAUAUUUUAAUUUCUUGUUGCUUUAUGGUCCACUGUUGUUUCACUUCAAAUUAUAACUAAUAGGAUCAGUUUCGACCAGCGUAUAUCAUAUAUAUAUAUAUAUAUAUAUAUAUAUAUGUAAUAUGAUGCAAUGACGAAUAAGCGGAUUUGCAGAGCGGAUCUGUUGCGAAUAAUGAUAUAUCCGAGUUGAUAAUUGAAUCAAUUCGAAUGAUGAAUAGGAUAAUAAAUAUACCUCUAAGUCACGUGCAUAUGUGUUCAACAAUGUACAAGGAUAACAUAUGUAUGAGAACACGUUCGUGCGAGAUAAAAUUAAACGAUAAAGAACCAAAAAUUGUUAAUCAUAUCUCGCAUAAUGCGAGUAUCAUACACGCACUCUUACAUAAAUUCUGUAAUUUGUAUGUGAGGUUUACUCCGUAUAAUUAUAAAACGAAAGGUAAACACAAUAUAUAAAUACAUAUAUAUAUAUAUACAUAUAUUAUGUUAUAUAUAUAAUAAAACUUUCAAAUCAAGUUUUCGGCCUAUGUAUAAAUAUAUACGUAUACAGCGCGCAUUUUGGGAUCGAAAUUGAAUCCACAAUACUGGAGAAGAAAUUUAAACAUUCGGGAGAAUACGUUUAUAUCGAGUUAUGACGUCGUAACUAAUAUGUAUAUGUGGCAUUGCAGCACACAUGCAUGUAUAGUGCGUGUCUAUACCAGUCGACGCGUUGAAAUAAUCUAUCAAUUUAUACAUUACUCGUAUGUAAAUUAUAUUCAAAGACGGUUUUACAUGAAUCUUAGUGUGUACGAUCACUUACGUGGCGGCUAUUCGGUAACGAUAUACGUACAUGAACAAGAAACAGGGGGAGGGGGGAGAUACAGCGAGAACGAAAAGAUGCAAGAACCAUAUUUUACCGAUGUUGUAAUUGUACAUGCACGUAAAAACGUACGAUAUUCCAUGCCAAAAAUAUGCCGCAAAACACAAAAUACACGCGCUAUGAUAGCGAUAGAUACGUACAUAGAACUGUAACUAAUUAUCGGUAUGUAUGCGAAUGUAUAAUAGUCAACGAAACACAAAAAAGAAAAAAAAACGUAUAAUAUAAAUUAAAAUCAAAACGAAUCAUUUCAUACACAUGCGAUUCAAAUCCUCUGCUCCAUUUUGUGCGCGCGAAAAUUACGUGACACACAACGAGACUGCACAAUAAAAGAUUAAUUCUAAUAACAUUAGACAUGUAUUAUAAUAAUUGUUAUAAUUACGACAAUUAUAUAUUAAAUAUAUAUGGUGAUAAUUAAUACGAUCUUGCCGCGCUUCUCAAGUGCUUUUUGUAAUAACGAAUUAAACUACACCGAAUCGACAUUGAACGCUGUUACAUAUUUUCAAUAAAAAUACUGCAAUUCUGUAAUUCGAAUAUAUACAGCUUAAUCCACCGAUGCUCUAUUGUUGAUGGAAAAUUUUUCCACGGGAUGAUGGGCAAUCCCUUCACACGACGUGUAAAAUAUUAUACUGUCAGUAUUUUAUUUUCCUUUUAAAUUAAUUACUCGGGAAUGAGACGCGGGCAAGAGAACGACACAUCAAAUCCGAUUUAUACAUCUUUGUGCACAGAGUGUGUCAUUAUACGCCUAAGGACGACAUAAAUUAUAUAACCAUUUGCGAGUCGUUAAUGUAACAACGUUGAAGAUAAUUGAAAUUAUAAAAUAAUAAAAUGAAAAUCGUUUGUCGCGUCCUAUGAAUAUAUUAUUAUAUAAUAUACAGACAAUGCCGAACAAUGUAAAAUGUGUAUAAUUACGACGGUUAUAAUUUUGUUGCACGCAUACGUACACACACGUAUACAUAUGUGUGCACAUGUGCGUACGCGUGUGUGGCUGUAGGUGUAUGGAUGUGUGUGCGUGAGUGAGCGAGUGUGUACAUAUAUGUACAAUAUGCUUCCUUCAUCGACGAACUACUAAAAUAUCUAUACACAUUAUAGUGCGCAGAAUUAUAAAAUAACAAAAAAAUUUGUCAAGUCAUAUUAGGUAUAAAAGUAUGCGAAAAUGUGAAGUAGAAUAUAAGAUACGCGGAUGAAGAUUAGAUAUAAACAUAUGCGAUUUAAAUUGAAUUUAAUUAAACUUAAAUUAUAUACACGUAUAUAAUGAAUAAAUUUUAAACAAAAAUUUAGACAUGACAAAACCAAAGAAACUCGACUGUAGCACGAAGUGACGUGAAAUAAAGAUUCGACAGCCGCAGCUGCAGGGGUUAUAAGUGUGUUGAGAGAAUUAAUCAGUCGCGUCCUUAAACGAUAUAAAUAACAAUAAUAUUAAUUAACAUGAUAAAUAAUUAUUAACUAAAUGACUAUAUAGUAGUCUAAUCAUUAUUUAUAAUUACGCAAUUAUAUAAAUAUAUAUAUAUAUAUAUAUACACACACACACAUACAUACAUUGCGCAUUUAAUAAUAACAAAGUUAUUAUUAUUCCAUUCUAUAUAUUAUGUGUAUACUACGUUUAUUUAAGAAAUUUUUGUUCGCAAAGUCACGCGAUUGUUACCCAAUUUUUUUUCUCACUUGGUUCAAUUAAACUUGCACCAAUUUUUGGUGACAAAAAUAUAUACAUACAUUAUACAUUAUAAAUAUAAACGUACAUCUUACAUGUAUAGCUAUAAUGUAACUAUAUGAAAUCCAUACCUAUUAGUAUAACGGUUUUGGUUAAUUGGCAUCCCUACCUAGUAAAUAAGCUAUACAUAUAAAUACCAAAUACGAACGACAUACUGUGUGUACCUACUUGAUUAUCAAUAAUGAACUGCAAUUCGCAA